AUCCUGAGGAAAUGGAACUAGUAGAAGAGACAGCGGACUCAGUAAAAAAAAGGGAACCUGAAAAUGUGAGACCUCAGAAGGAACCAGCAUAUUUCAAUCCUCUCCUGAGGGCUGCUCUAACUGGUGAUAUAGGGGAGGUUCAACACAUUUUUGAGGACCCAGAAGAUCCAGAUCAUGAAAAAGCCACUGAUCUGCUUAUGGAAAAGGAUAUUGUGGGGCGAGGCUUGCUGUUUGCAACUUGCAUGGCUGGGCAGAGCGACAUUAUCCGGGCACUGGCACGAUAUGGGGUUGAUCUGAAGGAUAAAACCUCCAGAGGUUAUACACUUCUCCACUGUGCUGCAGCCUGGGGACAACUAGAGAUAUUGAAAACUCUUGUAGAACUGGAAGCUGACAUUUAUGCAACCACCUUCCGGGGUGAAAAGGCCAGAGAUAUUGCCCACCGAUAUGAGCAGACAGAGUGUGUUGAUUUCUUGGAUUGGGCAGAAGCCAAGCAGAACUUACAAAACUUUAUCUCCCAAAUCCAGGCAACGGUCACAGAUCCUGAAAAAGUUCAGGGAAGGCUUAAUAAAGAGGAUAAGAAUAUUUCUCUCAAAGCCUGCCAGGCCAAGUCAGAUUGGCUUGAAAACACUAAGGACCCUACCAUGCUAGAAUUUAUAGAACAGAAGCAGCAUCUGGAGGACAUAAUGCUUCCCAUCUUCACAAAGUUGUCUGCACCCCGUUUACAAGACUCCGUUGUCAACAAAAAAAUUGGAGUUCCUUCCGGAGAACACUAACGUUAUUUCACUCAGCAUAGAUGGCACCUUGAUGUUUUCAUUGACGAUUCAACAUAAAUGUUACUAUUCACCUAACCUCCAAUCUGUUCUGAAGAUAAUCCAACCACGAUUCACUCUUUUUUCAGAUAUUAGAUUUGACUUAUUUAUAUUUGUCUGUUUAUAUCCUGACCUACAACCAGUAUAUAGGCAUUCAAACAUGUUUCUCUAGAAAAAGGAUUGCUUUUUUGUUUUACUUUCUGGGUAAGCAGUUGAAUAUUUUUUUUAAAAAAAAAACUGCAAGUAAGGGUAAUAGCAGCAUAACAUCUUUACUAAAUAAACUACAUUCACAAAUAAGCAAGCUUUCAAAUUCAAGCUAGCUCACUAUUUUGGCUUUUUGUUGAACUUAAUAAAAGUAUUAUGCUACUCUUGCAGGUCGUAUUUUUCAAAUGGACCAACGUUAUGCUUUUUGCUUUAUUUUUUUGUAAAUAAGAGAUUGCCUUUCAUCUUUGACAAAACACUUAUUUCCACUUAUAAAUGGACAAAUGAAGUUAACUGUAAUCGAUAACUAUGCAACUAGUGUUACUAACUCCAGGGUCUAAGCAAGUAUAAAGCAAACCCAGAUACU